AUGGCAGCAGUGAUCAAAGCGGUCACAGCUGAAAAGGUUGCGUCUUUGAAGACAUACAAGGCCAGUGAACUGAGCACUGGAGACCUGCUAGCUCUCACUGCAAGACCCAGAAUAGACUUCACUUCCAUUCUGGAUACGGUGACACCAAUUGUAGAGGAUGUCAGAAAGAGGGGCGACGCAGCCGUGAAGGAGUUCACUGCUCGCUUUGAUGGGGUGGACCUCAGCAGUGUCUGUGUGCCAAUUGAGGAACUUGCGGAUCCCGAGAUCAGCGCAGAGAGCAAGGAGGCCUUCGACAUUGCUUAUGAGAACAUCAAAGCCUUCCACGAGGCGCAGAGGAGCGCGCCGUUGGAGGUGGAGACAAUGCCCGGAGUGAGGUGUAGGAGAGUCACGCGGCCCAUAGGUGCUGUUGGCAUAUACGUGCCUGGUGGCACGGCAGUGCUGCCAUCCAGCACGCUCAUGAUGGCAGUGCCUGCGCAAAUUGCCGGCUGCCGCACUGUAGUCAUGGCAACGCCGCCCAGGAAAGAUGGGCAGGUGACGCCAGAGGUUCUGUACUGUGCGAAGAAGGCGGGCGUGACUCACGUGCUGAAGGCGGGAGGCGCUCAGGCCGUGGACAAGCUGCUGGGGCCUGGCAACCAGUAUGUGACGGCGGCCAAGAUGUUGCUGCAGAACAGCGAGGCCAUGGUGUCCAUUGACAUGCCGGCCGGGCCCUCGGAGGUGCUGGUCAUAGCUGAUGCGGAGGCAUCCCCCGCCCACGUCGCCGCUGAUCUCCUCUCACAGGCCGAGCACGGCCCAGACAGCCAGGUGGUGCUGGUGGCGCUUCCUGGGGUGGACCUGGCUGCAGUGGAGGAUGAGGUUGAUCGCCAGUGCGACGCUCUGCCGCGCGGCGAUGUGGCCAGGAAGGCCCUGUCUCACUCCUGCAUUGUUGUCGCUAAGGACAAGGCUGAGGCGGCAAACUUCUCAAACAUGUAUGCGCCGGAGCACUUGAUAGUGAACGUUGAGGAUGCGGAGGACUGGCUGCCCCUGCUGGACAACGCUGGCAGCGUGUUUUUGGGGCGUUGGACCCCCGAGAGCGUGGGUGACUACGCUAGCGGCACCAACCACGUGCUUCCCACGUACGGGUAUGCGCGCAUGUACAGCGGGGUGUCGCUGGACACGUUCCAGAAGAAGAUGACGGUUCAGAGCCUGACGUUGGAGGGGCUGCGCAAUGUGGGGCCGGCUGUGGCCCACAUGGCUGCUGUCGAGGGCCUUGAUGCUCACCGGCGGGCCGUCACCAUGCGCCUGGGCCUCCCUAACUGA